GGGAGGCGGACGGACGGGGACGGUGGCGGGGAGCGGGAUUCGAUCCCGGCUCCCGUAGCGGCCGGGGCCGGGGGAGCCAGAGGCGGCGGAAGGGAGACGCCGUCCGGAGGAGCGCCGUGGCCCGGUGGACGGGCCGGGGCGUCGGGAAGAGCCGGGUCCCGAUCCCGCCCCCGCCCCUCGGCGGCCGUGAGGCCUCGGGCGAGUCGCCUGCCGUUGUCUCGUUGAGGUGGUGGUCCCCUCGGGUUCCGUCUCCUGCCACGGUUCCCGGCCGUCCGUCGCCCCCGAUCAGACCGCGAGCCCCUCGGAGGGCGGGGACCGUCUCUGUCUGUGACCGAUCCGUCCGUCCCGGGCGCGCGGUGCUCUGCACGUGGUGAGCGCUCGACGGAUACCGGCCAACGAACGAACGACCUCUCCCGGCCUCGGUCACCUCGCCUCUAAAAUGGGGAGGGAGCCCGGGCGUCCCACGGGGGACGGGGGCCGCGUCCGACCCGACUGCCCUCCGCCUGUCCCGGCGCUCAGCGGAGGGCCCGGCGCGGAACAGAUGGGGCAGAGGAAAACAAGCCGGCGGGAGAAUGGGGGCUGGCGGGUUCUCGGGCCGCAACCCCCGCUCCGACGGAUGGACGCGGGCGGGCCUCCUUCCGCUCGGGAGAACUGAUUCCGAGCGUCGAUCCCGCCGACGGCCCCGUCUGCCGGAUUAGUCGAGCGCCCGGCGCCUCCGGGGUCCGUGGGGCGUUUCGCGGCGGUCUGGGGGGAUCCCGAAGCCUCGCCGUCGGUGACGCCGUCGAUGUUCUUCCCCUUCCGCCGCAGGCCUGGAUGUCGAGUUCACCGGCUUACGGUCCAGCUCCUCCCCGGGCCGGCGGCCCAGCCUCUUCGAUUCGCCGGCCGAGUGGUACGCGAAGACCCGGCCCGACAUCCGUCUCUUCACGGCGUGUCAGAUCGGUCUGUCCGUGUUUGCUGGCGGAGAAGGAAAUUCCAACAAGUAAGUGGAAGGGGCUUUCUCUCAAGCCCGUUGACGUUCGCCUGUGGCCGCACGAGCGUUCUGCCGUAGUCUUGGAGUCGCGGCGUUAUCUCCUAGCGCUUCGUACUUGCACCCGGUACGAGGCCCAUUCGUAUAACUUCUUCCUCUUCCCUACCACGUUUGGGAUUCUGGACUCUCAGAUCUCCUUUCAGGCCUCGAGUAUUGAGUUCCUGAAUCGCUACGGUUUUGACUACAAUAAGUUUCUCAAAAACGGGGUCCCGUAUUUAAACGAGGAGCAGGAGGAGAGAAUUCAGCAAGCCCUCCUCUCCGGGAACUGGAAGGUUCGGAGAACCGUAGACAGAGACCAGCUGAAGGCGGUGAUCGGCGAGGUGACCCGGUGGUUGGCGCUGGCACAGGACGGGGACCGGAUGACCCUUCGCGGCGUAACCGGGUUCCAGGUCUUCAACAUCCAGCUGGUGCUGAGGCAGGCCCUCCCUGAUGUUUGGACGUUCCCGAAAGACCGGGAGAUAGUGGUUCAGAAAGUGAGCCGGGAGCAUCGCUGGUGCCUGGAAAACUCUCCUCAGGAUCCCUGCCGAAAGGAGUCGAUCCUCCUCUCUGCGAGGGGCUUCUCCGUCCUUUUCCGGAUGCUCGCGGAAGCCCGAAAGCCUCUGGUGGGCCACAACAUGCUGAUGGAUCUCCUGUUCCUUCACGAGAAGUUCUACAGACCCCUUCCAGAGAGCUACGAGCAGUUUAAACAGAACGUCCACGGCCUGUUUCCGGUCCUCGUAGACACCAAGAACGUGACCAACGCCAUCUGGAAGGAGCUGAACUUUCCUCGAGCUUCAAAUCUGUUCGACGCUUAUGAAAUCCUGAGCAGCGACUUGAAUCCCACCAACGGCUCCGGCCCGGAAAUCACCCACGCCAGCGAGUGCCUCAAGUACGUGGAUUCCAAGUAUCCCCACGAAGCGGCGUACGACGCCUUUCUUUGUGGCUCAGUCUGUCUGAAGGUGGCUCACUUGCUGCUCCACAGAGAAGCAGGGAGCGAGGCGAGGCCCGAGCCCUCUUUCCCCACGUAUCUUGAAGUGCUGACUCCCUACCUGAAUCAGGUGAAUCUCAUCCGAGGUGGCGUCUCCAAAAUUAAUUUCCCCGGGCCGGAUGGCCCCGGCAACCGGCCGCCCGUCCUGAUCGUCAAAGUCCGGAGGUGGCCCGGGGUGGACGAAGAGCAGAUCUACCACGAGUUCAAGGACUGCUGCGUGUUCGACGUCCGCAGGCUCGGCCGAGACCAGUUCCUUCUGAUGACCAACAAGUUCAAGAACGUGGGGAUCGUCUUGAGGGACUACAGGAGUCACCCCGAUCUGCAGGUGGCCCUGUACCGAUACUGGAGGCAUUCACCACUCGUCAACUGCACGCUCCAGAUUUGCGGGAUUGUCACCGCUUGGGCCCUUGUUGCCUUUAUCCUGGGAAGAUCUCCACGGGCGUGCUAGUGCCACGGGUUUUGGAAGAUUUCUCUCUCUCCCUCGGUUCUGUCCAAGAAGGCCAUCUUCCGUUUUUGGAAUGGCCCGCUGCGCUCGGACAAGCUUGAACAGUGGGAGAACACGUUGGACCGAACGUCUUCGCCAAGGUGGAAGAAAGGAAGGAAAGUACCGGCCCGCUGUCUUCUGUUCCCUGGCCCCACCUCCUUAAUUCCCGUAACUUUCUUUUGCACUGUUAUGCAAGUGUAGUGCUGCGUUGGUAGCGGCUCGUGUGUGCUACACGACCGUCGAGAUGGCCGACGUGUGAUUUCCGUCGUUGAGAGGAGAUGAAGAAAAGCUAGAGGGCAGUGCGGGUUGGGUUUUGUUAAAGCUUUUCCUAAACAGAUUUAAUAAAGUUACUCUGGUCAGA